GUAUAUUGGAGACAAUUCAGAGCAAGGUCAAAGACUCCUGUUCUUCUUCUGGAAGGUGUUUGGUGUCAGCAGUCACUGCCAAAGUGCCGAUCCUUUCUUGGCUGCCCGCUUAUGAUGUUCGAUCUUCCUUGUUCGGGGAUGUUGUGUCUGGCAUUACUGUAGCCAUUAUGCAUAUUCCACAAGGAAUGGCUUAUGCACUGCUUGCUGGGCUGCCUCCCAUUGCUGGCAUAUAUAUGGCAUUUUUCCCUGUUCUUAUAUACGCAUUACUGGGCACUUCACGACAUUGCUCGAUGGGUAGCUUUGCUGUAGUUUGUCUGAUGACGGGAAAACUCGUAGAAGAGUUAGCUACUCUGCCAGACAAUGAGAAAGACUCAAGAGUUGAUGGCAACUUUACUGAGAGUCUGCCCACCAACCAAACCACCAUGCUGACAUAUACUGGGAGUCUAUCCACCAACCACACCACAACACUCAUGUAUACCGAGAACCUACCCACAACUACUCUGACGUAUACCACAACUCUACCCACCAACCACACCCCUGUGCUGACAUAUACUCCCAGUCAGGUGGCAGCUGUUGUAACUCUCAUGAACGGAAUUAUUGAGAUAUUGCUGGGAGUGUUGCAGCUGGGCAGUCUGUGUGUCUUCCUCUCAGACAUGUUGGUGUCUGGCUUCACCACGGGAGCAGCUGUUCACGUCUUCACAUCACAAAUUAAAUACCUUUUUGGUAUCAGAGUGCAGAGAUACAGCGGCCCAUUCAAAAUAAUAUAUACGGUUAAAGAUAUUGUGCGACAGUUACCAAGCUCCAACCCAGCUGCCAUGAUUAUCUCUGCUGUCUCGAUCACUGUUCUCACACUCAGCAAUGAAAUUAUCAAGCCGUGGUUCUCCAAGAUCUCGAAGAUUCCCAUACCCUUUGAACUCCUCGCUGUGAUUGUUGGAACACUGGUGUCUUACUUCACCGACCUUCACCACAACUAUAACAUCAGGGUGGUGGGGCACAUUCCCACAGGAAUACCCGAGCCCAGAGCACCACCUUUUGAGCUGAUGUCUGCCGUAGCUGUCGGCUCCUUUGUCAUCAGCAUUGUCUCCUACACAGUCUCUUUCUCCAUGGCCAAGAUUUUCGCUAAACGGAGAAACUACAAUGUGGAUGCCACUCAGGAACUGUAUGCUCUGGGUGUAAGCAAUGUAUUUGGGUCAUUCUUCGGGUGUGCCCCCAUAUCUGCAUCACUCUCUCGCUCAUUAAUUCAAGAAACAAUGGGUGGUGUGACACAGAUCACCUCUUACGUCUCCUGCUGCCUCCUCCUCAUCAUCAUGCUCUUCAUUGGUCCAGCCUUUGAAACUCUCCCAAAUUGGUACUAUCUUCCAUUUAUUGUGGUGGCUUUGAAAGGGAUGUUUUUGCAAGUUGACGAUUUGCGGAAGGUGUGGGCUGUGUCUCGUGCUGACGCCCUCAUAUGGAUCAUGUCAUUCUUCUGUGUUGUCAUCAUCGAUAUUGAUUAUGGCCUCUUGAUUGGCAUCAUCACAUCGCUGCUGGUGCUUCGACGCUCACAGCACCCUAGAGCUGCAAGUCUUGGCCGUGUUCCAAACACUGAUGUUUAUUUAGAUGUCAACAAAUACUCUGAGGAAACUUCUCAGUAA